AUGGGCUGCGUUUUUCGGGCCCGUCUCAACCAGCUCUGGUCAAUAUGGUACACCAUUUUAGUGGUGUUGCUGCAAGUUUACCUGAUUUAUUUGGGAUUUGAGCGAUACAAACUCUACAAUGAGAUGAAAUGGCCGGCAAACGGCGGGUACCCCAAAAUUUGGCUGAACGUCUACGUGAUCAUCUACAUUUCGUGUAUCCCAGCGCUGUUGUUCAUCUUUGCCUCCGGAGUCUUCAAGACGGGAAAUAUUUCCGGAGAUCACGAGAGGCUGGCCGAUCGAGAAGAUCGAGUGAUCGAGACUGGAAUCAAUCAAAUUGGAGAGAAGCGAGGUUGUUUCCACUGGUUUCGAUCCCUUUGGGCCCAUUCUCCACCACUGCCACACCAUCUCCACCUCAUCGUUGCACUUGCCCAACUUGUUGCACAGCAGCUGAUGAUUGCCCAACUCUACAGGAACGCGUUUAUUCAAUCUGGCGACUUCCUCAACAAUGAACUCGACUUCGUCUACCAACGAGCACGACAACUCGCUACAAAUCUUCCAGUCGGCGAGACCAGGAUGCAGGGAUUUUCGAUUACCACGGAUCGGCUGAAUGCCGCACCUGUAGCUCCGAACUUGUUGCCAAUCCUGAUGCACUUCCGGCUCUUCGGGAUCCCGCUCGAAUUCGUCAACUUUAUCGUUGCUCUGAUUACCUACAGCAUUUCGUAUCCGGCGGUGUUCUGGCGCGUCUCCAAGCCGUUCUCCCUCAUCUUCUCCCUCCACCUCCUGAUCUUCUCGACGACGCUCGUCUUCUCGUACCUCGGCUUUUCCAUCCUAUUCAGAGUGCAGGAGACGAACUACCACAGUAUACGACCAGUUGGAAUCGGUCAAUACCUGCUUUACGACAAGAACAUGAAGAUGCUGCACCCGUAUGCGGUGUUGGGCGAAUUUUUGGCCUCGGCCGUACUGACGCAUCUGGCCGGAAUGAUGUUGUAUGCUUACGGGUACAACAAAUACUUUAUGAGCGUCGCCCACCACCAAGCCAAGAACGUCUCCCGGCACGGCACCAGCGAGUACACCGACUUCAGCCGAAGACAUCAGGCCCAUAGGACGGCCGAGUUGUGCUGUGAGGGCUACGGACCUCAUAUGGCCACCAUCUUCCUCUUGGUGUUGAUCAUUGCCGUGAAGGCGCCGUACGUCUACGCUUUUGUUCAGAUUUGGCAGCAUGACGACAAGCCGAUCCUCCUUUCCAUCUUGGCCGUCGACGUCAUCUACAUGUUCACCCUCAUCUUCCUGUGGCUGUUAUUGACAAUCAAGCGGGAGUGGGACUUCAAUGUGUCGCACUAUGUGCAUCAGAUUUAUGCACUACAGAAAGGACUGACGGCCGGUCACGUCCGUACCAAUGAGAAUCCCUCAAAACUGAAGAACGCAGUGAUAGUGAUGCAUAGAGAUACGAUGUUCGUCACCGACGACCACGCCACCAAGCAGUCUCUACUCCGAGCUUGCCAGCGUGGCGGAGAGCUCGUAACGGAUGAAGCUGUCUACUGGCAACGUUCCAAUGGAGGACCCCAGAGCCCGCAGAUGAGAAAAAUCCCCAUGGAAGAGCACGUCCGGCAAACGCCGGAGAUGAACCGAUUACUGAUCGGGCGCAAGCCGUCGGAUGACAAUUCUCAGCGCAACCCACCCGGCCAAUACUACUCCGCGACGCUCCAAAGAGCCCCCGCUAGCACCUCAACAAUGCAAAGAUCCCUGGUGGGACAGUGGAAUACGCAGCAAGAAGCCUACGCCUCCAUCCACAAGGGAAAACAGGAGGGCAUCUACGCGCCCAGGAGGGGCAGUCAAGAAGAGCAAGCCGCUUACGGGCAGUACGGACAAUGCUGCAACGCCGGCCAUCAGACGGCCAAGGCACUGCGU